UGUUGUGGUGUAACGUUACUUGAUACGAUCGGAGUUGCAAUAAAGACCGAUAUCAGACGGGAAAAUGCUCAUGAAUUGGAAGAUCGUCGUUCCUUUGCUCGCGGUGGCAUUCAUCGUGACGAGCGCCGAUGGGAUACCGGGGGGCCUCGUGGACGCAGAUAUGAACGACCCCGCUACCAGAGACGCGCUGAAGUUCGCCGUGGCCGAAUACAACAAGGGAACAAACGACCCGUAUGUUUGGCAGGUGGCCAAGGUUGUCAAGGCUCAGAAACAGGUGGUAGCUGGGAUGAAGUACAUCUUCACAGUGCAGAUGGCCAGGACCCUGUGCAGGAAGGGACGUGUGAAGGACUGCACUGUGCAUCAGUACCCAGCUGUGACCUACCAGUGCACCUUUGUGGUGGUGAGCCGCCCCUGGCUGGGAGCGAGCCAGUUGAUCAAGCAAGCCUGCGAGGAGUAA